AUGGCACCAGCCCCCAGUGAAGCCGGCCGGCUCGCGGAAGCAGAGGCAGUAGCAAAGACGAAUCCUAUUAAAGCCCAGAAGAUAUACCAAGAGGUUGUUUCUGAAGGCCCUGGCUCUAGCGAAGCUGCCUCCAGAGAUUAUGAAGUUGCGUUGUUGGGCCUAGGAAAGAUUUAUCGUGACCAGAAGAAGCCCAAGGAGCUGGCGGAGCUUUUGAAAACCAGCAGGUCUUCAUUCUCUUCAUUUGCAAAGGCCAAGUCGGCCAAGCUGGUCCGCCAGUUACUUGACUAUUUCGCCGAUAUCCCAAACACCCUUGACAUACAGAUUACUGUCAUCAAGUCGUGUAUAGAAUGGGCUGUGUCUGAGCGACGAUCCUUCCUCCGACAAAACCUUGAGACCAGACUUGUUGUGAUAUAUAUGCAGAAGCAGACAUAUUAUGAUGCCCUUACCCUCAUCAACUCGCUUCUCCGUGAGCUUAAGCGCUUGGAUGAUAAACUUGUCUUGGUGGAAGUCCAGCUACUCGAGUCGCGCGUGUAUCAUGCCCUUGGCAACCAACCGAAAGCGCGUGCUGCGUUGACAUCCGCUCGAACUUCCGCAGCAUCAGUUUAUACCCCUCCCUUGCUACAAGCCGGUCUAGAUAUGCAGAGCGGAAUGCUACACGCUGAGGAUAAGGAUUUCAACACAGCUUUCUCUUACUUCAUUGAAGCCCUUGAGGGUUACCAUGCUCAGGAAGAUGCUAGCAAGGCAACAUCUGCGCUUCAGUAUAUGCUUCUUUGCAAAAUAAUGUUGAAUUUGGGAAACGACGUGAAUACUUUGCUCUCUUCGAAGCACGCCAUUCGAUACGCUGGCACAAGCCUGGAGGCCAUGAAAGCGGUUGCACGUGCACACUCGAACAGAUCUUUAGAAGAGUAUGAAAAGGCUCUGUCUGACUACCGAUAUGAGCUGGGUGGUGAUGUGUUUGUCCGAAACCACCUUCGAAGACUAUACGACGCCAUGUUGGAGCAGAAUCUCAUCAAGGUCAUUGAACCAUUCAGCAGGGUAGAAAUUGCCCAUAUUGCGAAGAUAGUGGGUUUGGACACACAGCAGGUCGAGAAAAAGCUAUCUCAAAUGAUUCUUGAUAAAGUCAUAAUCGGCGUUCUUGACCAAGGUGCUGGCUGCUUGAUCAUCUUUGACGAGGCAGAAAGAGACAAAGGAUACGAUGCUGCUCUGGAGACUAUUGAUCGGCUCAGCACAGUUGUUGACCUGUUGUACACUAACAAAGCUUCCCUGCUAGAGUAA